UGCCGCAGCGUCCUUGACGCCGGUUGAUUCUCGCUGAGGGAGACGCGCUAGCUGGGCUGCUGUUUGAGGGGACGUGGGCGAGAGUUGGAGUUGUUCUGGUCUGCGCCUCCUGCCCGGGCCCCUCCGCGCGGCCAUCAUGGAUCUGACCUUAAACCGAGCUGAUUAUUUACAGGUGGGAGUGACCUCUCAGAAGACUUUGAAGCUGCUUCCUGCCUCAAGACAAAGAGGUACACAAAAGGUGGUUGUUGGAGAUCAAGAUGGGGUUGUUACAUGUUUUGCCAUGAAGAAAGGAGAAGCAGUGGCUGUGUUCAAGACUUUACCAGGGCAAAAGAUUGCGAGGUUGGAGCUAGGAGGGGUUCUUAACACACCUCAGGAGAAAAUUUUUAUUGCUGCAGGAUCUGAGAUUAGAGGCUUCACAAAGAGAGGAAAGCAGUUUCUUUCUUUUGAAACAAACCUCACGGAAAGCAUUAAAGCUAUGCACAUAUCUGGCUCUGACCUCUUUCUCAGUGCAAAUUACAUCUAUAAUCAUUACUGUGACUGCAAAGACCAACAUUAUUACCUUUCUGGGGACAAAAUCAAUGAUGUUAUUUGCCUUCCAGUGGAAAGAAUACCUUGCAUUACACCAGUGCUGGCCUGCCAGGACAGGGUGCUCAGAGUUUUGCAGGGAUCUGAUGUGAUGUAUGAAAUUGAAGUCCCUGGUCCACCUACUAUCUUGGCCCUACACAAUGGAGAUGGUGGUGACUCGGGAGAAGACCUUUUGUUUGGAACAUCAGAUGGGAAGCUUGGGCUUAUUCAGAUUACAACAUCUAAACCAGUACAUAAAUGGGAAAUUCGAAAUGACAGAAAAAGGGGAGGUAUCCUGUGCAUGGACAGCUUUGAUAUUGUGGGUGAUGGGGUUAAAGAUUUCCUUGUUGGAAGAGAUGAUGGAAUGGUGGAGGUAUAUAGUUUUGAUAAUGCAAAUGAGCCUGUCAUACGAUUUGAUCAGAUGUUAUCUGAAAGUAUCACAUCAAUCCAAGGUGGUUGUGUAGGGAAAGAUGGUUAUGAUGAAAUUGUGCUAUCUACAUAUUCAGGCUGGGUUACAGGUCUGACAACGGAGCCUACGUAUAAGGAAAGUGGGCCAGGAGAAGGACUAAAAAUUAGCCAGGAAAUGCAGAAUAAAAUUGCUUCUUUACGGAGUGAGCUGGAGCAUCUGCAGUAUAAGGUGCUGCAGGAAAGAGAGAACCAUCAACAGUCUUCCCAGUCCAGCAAAGCAAAAUCAUCUGUUCCUUCAUUUAGUAUAAAUGACAAGUUCACACUGAACAAAGAUGAUGCCAGCUACAGCCUUAUCUUAGAGGUGCAGACUGCAAUAGAUAAUAUCUUAAUACAGAGUGAUGUUCCAAUAGAUUUACUUGAUGUGGAUAAGAAUUCUGCUGUUGUCAGCUUUAGCAGCUGUGAUUCUGAGUCAAAUGACAACUUUCUUCUUGCUACUUAUCGGUGCCAAGCAAAUACCACCAGGCUGGAACUCAAGAUUCGCUCAAUUGAAGGCCAGUAUGGCACACUUCAAGCAUAUGUGACUCCAAGAAUUCAACCCAAAACCUGCCAGGUUCACCAAUACCACAUCAAACCUCUUUCACUCCAUCAAAGAACUCACUAUAUUGAUCAUGAUAGACCCAUGAAUACACUGACUCUAACAGGCCAGUUCAGUUUUGCUGAAGUUCACUCCUGGGUAGUGUUUUGUCUGCCUGAAGUUCCUGAAAAGCCUCCAGCAGGAGAAUGUGUGACAUUUUACUUUCAGAACACCUUUCUGGAUACACAGCUUGAAAGUACCUAUAGAAAAGGAGAAGGAAUUUUUAAAUCUGACAACAUUUCUACAAUAUCCAUCCUAAAAGACGUGCUUUCUAAAGAAGCGACCAAAAGGAAAAUUAACCUCAACAUAUCAUAUGAGAUAAAUGAAAUAUCAGUCAAACAUACUUUAAAGCUUAUUCAUCCGAAGCUGGAGUUCCAGUUGCUUCUGGCUAAGAAGGUGCAGUUAAUUGAUGCUUUAAAAGAAUUGCAGGUUCAUGAAGGAAAUACGAACUUUCUGAUUCCAGAAUAUCGCUGUAUUCUAGAAGAGGCAGACCACUUACAAGAAGAAUACAAAAAGCAACCUGCACAUCUUGAAAGACUCUAUGGCAUGAUCACUGAUCUUUUCAUAGAUAAAUUUAAGUUCAAAGGCACCAAUGUAAAAACCAAAGUACCUCUUCUACUAGAGAUUCUUGACAGCUAUGAUCAAAAUGCACUGAUUGCUUUCUUUGAUGCAGCAUGAAAGACAAGCAAGGUAAGAGCCAAGCAGGAGUUGGAAUUGAAUUGCAGCUGACUUCUUCCUUGCUUGGUGAUAUUGUAUGAUCCUGCUUCAGUCUGUGAAAUUAUUGACUUGGCUUAGUGCUGUAGAUUGUGGUCAGGGAAAUAAGCAGAACUUGCUCUCACUGGAGGAAUCUUAACUUGAUAUGCUGGUGCUGCACCCUGCCAGGCCACACAAGUUUACAAUUGAAGAGUUACUAUUCCUACAUUCUUGCUGAACUAUCCACUAAAUUCCUUUAUAUUUGUGUAUGAAAGAAAACAAGACUUUGAAGCUAUAGUAGAACUUUUGCUUAUUAAUCAACCUCACUCAUUUCAGGGGAGUAUGGACAGUUUAAAAACAUUUUAAAGAUAAUAGAAGUUUUUUUUUUUUUAAAUUUUGCUUACUU